CCUACAUUCCUACUUUACACACACACACACACAAAACAUCAUCACAUAGUAACAACAAAAAAAACAUGUCCACCAUUUCAUCCUCAAAAUUCACAAACACCAAUCUCUCACUCCCUUCAUCAAUUUCCUCCAAAUUUUCAAUCUUUCACACAACCCAUUUCACCAAACCCAUUCCUUUCCCAAACCCACUUUCCAUUUCCCUCAAAAAAACCAUCACCACCAUCACUGUUUUCUGCAAGUUCUCUGAAUCUUCAGCUGAAUCAGAAGAACCCCUCUUAACCCCAGAAGAUGAGUGGCUUCAAAAACUUCCUGAAAAGACAAAACCACUCUACUCACAUAGCUUACCUUGCAUUGAAGCAUGGUUGAAGAAUUUGGGGUUCAAUCAAAGUAAGGAUGAUAGAGCUUUGUGGUUUGUGAAUAAGCCUGAUUGGCAUGCUCACCUCUCUCUUGAUGUCACUGACCUUUACAUUAGGUAUUUGAAGAGUGGACCUGGGAAUCUUGAAAAAGAUGUAGAGAGGAGAUUUAGUUAUGCUUUGAGCAGAGAAGACAUUGAGAAUGCUGUACUUGGAGGACCAUAAAUAACCAUUUUGCUUUCUACUGUCAAAUAUACAAUGCAUGGCUUAAUUCCUUGUUGGAAAUAGUUAGUAAAUUCAAAUGUUAAAUUAUUGAUUUUCAUGUCAAAUUUCCCUUCUAAUCAAAGGACUAAAGAAAAUGUUUUAUGAUGAUGGGAUAAUUUGCAGGGUUUUGUAAAGUGAAAACUUAUGCCAAUUAUCAUAGUGUCCCUCUUGUUUCCCCUUAUUUUAUUAGCAUUUACACUUGA